AUGCAGGUGCUAAUACCUUUACAGUGCAUUGCAAAGCAACAACUUGCAACAGAAGAGGUACAUGUGAAGAAUUGGCUGGUGGUUUUAGAUGCCAUUGUGACCACAGGUUCUAUGGAAACAAUUGUGAAAAUGAGAAAUGCAAAGCCACAAACUGCAACAGAAGGGGUACAUGUGUUCAAUUGUCUCAUGGUUUUAGAUGCAUCUGUGACCAAGGCUUCUAUGGAAACAGUUGUGAAAAUGAGCCCUAUCUACAAUUAUUACACAUGUUUGCCCAAGUUAAAUGCCACUUGGCAUCCAUGGGGACCCAGUGUUAAUACUGGUGCCAAUGUCUUUACAGAGAAAUGCAAAGCAACAAGCUGCAGCAGACGAGGUACCUGUGUUGAAUUGGUUAAUGGUUUUAGGUGCUUCUGUCAGCAUGGCUUCUAUGGAAGGAAUUGUGAAAAUGACAAUUCAACAAUCUGCCAAGCCUCUGGGUCCUGGACAACUUACAAUACAACCUGCCAAGCACUUACUUGUCCACUUCUAAAGAAACCAGCACACAGUAGUGUGAAUUGCUCCGGUCCCUAUGGUGGGAAGCAUUACAACACAUCUUGUUAUUUUUCAUGUGAUGAUGGCUACACUCUGGAAGGGGAUCAAAAAACCAUCUGUGGGGAAUCAGGAAACUGGAAUUCACAUGAUGUACAAUGCUCUAUGAAUUACCUCAAACCAAUCCUCAUUUCUGUGGGAGUACUAAUAGCAACGGCACCUUUAAUGCUAUCAGUCAUUUGUUGGUGGAAGAGGAGAAAAUCUGAAGGGCAAAACAACACCAGCGAUGACUUUCCCAUGCAACAGAAGACUGUGGAAUAUGAAAAUCAAGAUAUAUAUAUCAUACCAACCCCAUAUCUGAAUAAUGACACACCACAAGAGGAGAUCUAUGUCAACCUCAGCAUAGAUCAGAAGAUGCAUAAAGAUUUACAUUAGUUGUCAAUGGACGGUACCAUUAAACUGGAAACCAUUGGAAACCGGAGCUUCCAUUUUUUCAAUGUGUGACAUUAACUUUGUUAUUUCACAUGAACCAAUAUCAAGCUGCAAAAUAGUAUUGCAUUUGCAGGAAAUGAUUAUCUCCAAUAAGAGACAAUUCAACCACCAUCCCUGACAUUCAUUGGUGUUAACACCACUGAAUCCUCCACUAUCAACAUCCUGGAGUGUUACCAUUGACCAGAAACUCAGGUGGACUCACCACAUAAACACAGAGGCUGCAAGAGAAGGUGAGGGGCUGGGAAUACUGUGGUGAGUAACUCAACUACCCAAAGCCUAUCCAUCGUCUACAAGGCAUGUCAGGAGU